AGUAGGGCCGACCCAGAUGUCUUACUUCCUGAAUAUUUGACAACAGCGACAUCUCUUAUCGGAACGAAACAUGUAAUUUGACGGUAUUCACGUUGCGAGCGUGGCCGGGCAGAUAAUUUGAGUAUAAUUACGUGAGUAAAACAAAGGGAAAAGAAAAGUACGUCUUUUUUCCUAUCGAUGGACAUUUUGUUUUCUGUUGAGCCGCACGUAGCGUUGCCGUUUUCCGCUCCAUCGCUGCCGCAACUGGGCAUGGACAGUUAACGUGUUUGCAUUACAAAGUACGAGCUAAAUAGCGUGUCGCGGCCCUCGCAACGAAGGAAAUUUACCCUUCGGGCCUUGUGUUGUAGCUGUAAACGCUUGAAAAAAAGUGACAAUGAGCUUCUUCAGUUUUGGACAAAGUGCGGACAUCGACGUGGUGCUUAACGACGCCGAGACGAGGAAGAAGGCAGAGCACAAGACUGAGGAUGGCAAGAAGGACAAGUAUUUCCUCUUCUACGACGGAGAGACAGUCAGCGGCAGGGUCAACGUCACGCUCAAGAGCCCCGGAAAGAGGCUGGAGCACCAGGGCAUCAAGAUUGAAUUUGUCGGACAGAUUGAACUGUAUUAUGACCGUGGGAACCACCACGAGUUUGUGUCCCUGGUGAAAGACCUGGCAAGGCCCGGUGAGAUGACCCAGUCGCAGACGUUCGACUUUGAGUUCACUCACGUGGAGAAGCCCUACGAGUCCUACACGGGCCAAAAUGUCAAACUCAGAUACUUCCUGCGUGCGACCGUGAUAAGAAGACUUAACGAUAUCAGUAAAGAGUUGGACAUUGUAGUGCACACGCUGAGCACGUAUCCCGAACUGAACUCCUCCAUUAAAAUGGAAGUCGGCAUCGAGGACUGUCUCCACAUUGAGUUUGAAUACAACAAAUCCAAAUACCACCUGAAAGAUGUCAUUGUGGGGAAAAUCUACUUCCUGCUGGUGAGGAUUAAGAUAAGGCACAUGGAGAUCGACAUUAUUAAGCGGGAGACAACCGGAACGGGCCCGAGUGUCUACCACGAAAACGACACCAUUGCCAAAUAUGAGAUUAUGGAUGGAGCACCAGUCAGGGGUGAAUCUAUUCCCAUUCGGUUGUUUCUGGCUGGCUACGACCUAACUCCCACCAUGCGCGACAUCAACAAGAAGUUCUCGGUGCGCUACUAUUUGAACCUGGUGCUAAUCGACGAGGAGGAGAGACGCUACUUCAAACAGCAGAAGCACAUAUGAGGUCACACAGUGAUGAUGUUGGAUGAGAAGGCUCUCAGUCUGUACUAUAAUUCAUCGCAAAGCUGUUCUAUCAGGUUGCUGCAGCCCAGUCAAGUUCAUCUACACCAUGUCUUCACGGACCUUGCUUUGUACAUUGGUGCACAGUCAUGUUGGAACAGGAAGGCACCAUCCCAUCCAUCCAUUUUCUGAGCCGCUUCUCCUCACGAGGGUCGCGGGCGUGCUGGAGCCUAUCCCAGCCAUCAUUGGGCAGGAGGCGGGGUACACCCUAAACUGGGUUGCCAGCCAAUCGCAGGACACAUACAAACAAACAACCAUUCGCACUCACAUGCACACCUACGGGCAAUUUAGAGUCUUCAAUUAACCUACCAUGCAUGUUUUUGGGAUGUGGGAGAAAACCGGAGUGCCCGGAGAAAACCCACGCAGGCACGGGGAGAACAUGCAAACUCCACACAGGGGGGGCCGGGGAUUGAACCCCAGUCCUCAGAACUGUGAGGCAGACGCUCUAACCAGUCGUCCACCGUUUGCCUGUCACAAUCCCAAAAGGGAGAAUUCUGUUUCACAAAAUCAUCCCCAAACUGUAAAUCGUCUUAAAUACCACGCAGGCAACUUGUUAACAACAUGGACAGUAUAGUAAGAUUGUUUACAUACCUUGGUAUGUACUGCUGUUUUGGUUAGCAACAGAGUUAAAAAAAAAGACUCAACGGUUAACUCUUGAACGUCCACGUGAACGAAAGAGUCCCACGAACUGAGAUACAGUAAGUGACAGUAGCUACCCGUUUUUUCCUGAUGGGAAAAGUGAAGUGUUCAUUUCAGGGAGGCGUUAAUUUUAUUUGGGGAAAUACCUUGCGCGGAUUGAAGUAUUGGGACAAUUGGCCAUUAACUAAACCCAGGGAAAGUGAAAAAUGCAAGAAAAUCUUUUAUUUUCUGAGAAGACUUGCAAUACAAGAAUAAUGUGUGGUUCUGUGGGCUUCUUCCAUGCCAUUCAUUUAAUGUUGACUUUAUAGACGUCGCUUUGUUAUACUGGAACAGUCCCAGAAAGUUUAGAAACUUGAUGCUCCAAAAUGUCUUGCUAAGAUCAAGAAUAAGGAUUCAAAGUGGGGCUAAGUCCACUCGCCAAAUGUUUCCAGCCAUCCAUUUUCUAUACUGCUUAUGAUAGUAAGGUUUGAGGGGAGCUGGAGCCUGCCACAGCUGACUUCGGACAAAAGGUGGCCUACACCCUGGACUGACCACCAGUGAAUCACAAAUCAGAUUCAGCACACAACUGCCACCAUUUGAAAUGCCUCGGAUUAACCCCAAAUAAAGUUCUGAUGUUCUA